UUUCCCGGAGCCCCUGGAGCCGGAGAUGCGAGGGACGAGCAGUCAUUAGCCCGCGCCGCUGCCGCCUGCUGCAGGAGAACUUCGCUGGUGUUGCAGCCUGAUCCCCGCUCUGUGAUCCCCGCUCGCUGAGGUGGACCGUAACCUGCCGGACGGAGAUCUGAAAACACAGGAUUCUACUUUUGUGCAACAAUUGAAUGUAACAUCGAUCGGACAAGGAAGGCAAGGAAUCCAAAGCCAUCAUCAUGAAUUUUGUUAUGAAACAAGCGUUGGGAGGGGCCACUAAAGACAUGGGCAAAAUGCUUGGUGGAGAGGAGGAGAAGGACCCUGAUGCUCAGAAGAAAGAGGAGGAGAGGCAAGAAGCACUGAGGCAACAAGAAGAGGAGAGGAAGGCAAAAUAUGCGAAAAUGGAGGCAGAGAGGGAAAACAUCCGACAGGGCAUCAGGGACAAGUAUGGCAUCAAGAAGAAGGAGGAGAAGGAAGCCGAGGCGGCUGCUGCCAUGGAGCAGGCCUCAGAGGGCAGCCUUACCCGCCCUAAAAAGGCCGUCCCCGCCGGCUGCGGCAACGAGGAGGAAGAGGAGAGCAUUGUGGAUACUGUCAUGAAAUUCAUUCCAGCCCCUCUGAUGGAUAUGUUCAAUAAAAAGUAACAGGGUUUUACUUGGAAAUAUGGUUAACUUCUUACAAAAUCCUUCUAAUUAAUGCUGUACCAGCCUGUCCCACUCCAACCUGCCGUCACACUCUUCUUCACACUUGUCCAAUCCCAUCAAACCAAAUACUAAGUGUCCUGGAAUUACGCAGUGUGCCAUGAUUUUGUCUUUGAGCUGAACUAGCCAAUCUCAGAAAGUGAUUCAUACUUUUAAUAUCAUGACAAGAGAAUUAUCGGGUUUGAAAAUUACAAAAACACCUACAUAUAUCGCUUUAUUUAACAUCUUUUCAAUCCAUUUCUCAGAAUCAGUCCAAACAUUGCCGACAACCACUUUUUUGUUUGUAAAUAGCCUAAAUAAUAUAAAAGAGUACUAUAUAUGAGUGAAAUACUGUAUGAUAUAUAACAAGAAUACUAAGAGUAUAAGCCAUAUUUUUAACUUUUAGGGAAUUAUCCAAAUCAUAUCAAAUUUAAUUAACAUUUAAUUUUCCUUUUACGUUCCUGCUAAUUUUUGAUACAUAGUGUACAGAGACACAUGCAUUUUUUUUAUUGGUUCUUCGUUGUGGCCAUUCACCCUUAAAUUGAUCAUUAUGUGAAUGUGAAAUAUGAACAUGACAUUUUAAAUGUGUAAAAUCAAAGUCAAGUAAGUUUGUGAAGUGAAGGAAUUUAUUUCUGUUGAAAUUUGUUUAUUUUGUAUGCAUGCAUUUAAUACCUAUGAGGCGAUGUGCAUAUGCUGAUUUCAUUUGUAGUCAUGAAAGAGAAGAUGUUGGUAUUUCAGGCAAUAAAUUAUUUAAUUAAAAUAUUUCAUUCAGCUUCACUGUACAUUAGGAGAUAACUGAUUGUUCAAAAUGUUCUUCCAUGGAGAAACAUUUUCUCUAUAUGUAAAAGCCUGUUUUAAAACAGGAGGGUAAAAUUAGAUGAAUUCAAAAAGUUCACUGGUUAUAUUAUAUUUGAUUGUGGCUUAGAAAACUUUGUUUUUGCCAGUGUUAAUUAGUCUUCUUUUAAAGCAAGACAUGUAAAAAAAAAUUACCUGGCUGGUUAAUUUGAAGCUGUGAGUAACAUCUCUGUGUUUUCUUAUUUUAUUUUAAUGUAAAAAAAAGAAAAAGAAUAGAAACUUCACAAACACAACUAUGUUGUGUAAACACUAUAUGUGGACAGACAGUGACAAUAGUGCAAUAUCUUGUUCAAAAUGAAGUUGUCCUGUGUCUGUUGGUUUAACAAAUGGGAGUGAAGUCCCAAAUCAGCAAUAACAGACAAUCUUCAUUGUUUUGUGUUUCAAAGUUACCCCUAAAUGUGUUAGUCGAUGUUAACACACAUGUCAACGUACUGUAGCAGUGAAAGUUUUGUAGGUCAGACACAUUUAAUUAAAGAGGGAAAGUGGGACAAUUUGCUUCAUCUCAUAAAAGUGUUUUAAUCACAUGAGCAUUUAUCAACUGGAAAUUGUUCACUGUAAUGAGGAAGGCUAACACAAUGAGAAAUGAUUCACAAAGCUUCAUGGCCCAACAAGGCACAAUAUUUAAUAUUACGACAAAUUCUAGUCUGUUGUGCCAGGAAAUAGCUGCACAAAUUCAAAUACCUGUACAAAUUCUUUUUUUAUGCCUUUGUUUUUAGUUUUACUUCAUUCCAGAGUAUCUUGUCGAACAUUCCAGAUAUUUCUUGACAUUCCACCAGAUUUAUGCUGGUAAUCCAACUACUUAAUUACAGAUGAUUGGAGUAGGCCUCAGUCAAUGCCUUUUUUGCCUUUCAGACAAAUACAUCACAAUGUAAACCUUAAACUAUUUGUGCUUUUAUAAGUCAAAAAUUUAAGAUUGACUCCAAUCUACAGUUAAACAGAUGAGAUGUGUGCCAAUUAAAGGGUAAUUUUAGCUGCCAUGUACAGAAAAGCCCAAAAUCAAAUCUCUGUAAUCAUCAAUGCGCUUUUGAAAACAGUAACUUAGAUAUUGUGGUAGAUUUUGUUACUGGAUGUUUUGUGAUCCACUUGGGCACAGUAGGUGUAGUUGUAGCUGAGGUUUUAAAAGCCACACAUUUUGCCUCGAUGUUGCAGAACUUGUGUAUUCCUGUUCCUUCUGUAAGGGUUUUAGUUUUUGUUUUGUGUUUUGUAAACUGUAUAUUUAUUUAAAAUACAGUAUAACACACAACACUGGUGUAAUGCCACCCAUAGAGCACAUUUAUUUAACGUCUUGUGACUUCACGGCAUUUGUAAACUGCCAGCCGCUGUGGCAACAUUAUGUUAGCAGUCAACCAUCUGAUAGUUGUUGCCAUGUUGGGGAGCAGUUAUUUAAUUAUACCAAAGAAUAGUGAUGUUGAUAGCAGAUUUAGUAAAAGAUCUUUCAUUUUUGUUUUAGUAAAUUCUCAGGUAUUAUAGCUUGAUGUUUGAUUAGUAGGCGUUAAUUACAGCUGUUGUUGAAUUACCGUCAAUAUAAAGACAUAUUAGUUUCAUUGCUAACAACUUAGCUUGUCAACAGCUACUAUUAGUUUUGAAUACAUUCAUCUAAAUAGUAGUUGGGCUACCUAAAAUACUGCUAAGCAGUGACAUAAAAGUAAAAAAAAGGAAGUCAUAUUUAACAUAUUUGGUUUAAACCUGAUGGAUUUUGAUGGCAUGAAGUCCAGUUUCACAGCUAGCUAGAAACCAGGUUUAGCUAGCUAGACAGCUUUUUUAGCGACCUCGGUUUAGCUAGUUCUUUAAACCUAGGUUUAGCUAACCUUGUCUAAAUUGGGUUUAGCUAGUUUAGCUAGCAAAACCUAGCUUUAUUUAAAGCAAGCAAGUUGCUCUAUUAUGACAUUUGAUUUUUAAUACUUUAACUCAAGAAAAUAUUUUAAAAGCUUCUAUUCCUGCCUUGAAUAAGUUCCCAAGCAACAAAACUUAAACUGGUGAAUUUAUUUGCUAGCAACUUACCUUUAUUGUUCACAACAAAAGUCUUUGUUUUGUUGUGAACAAGUUUUUAUUGUUGGUCUAAUGGUAUUUUAUUAAUAUAAAUUUAUGUCUUUAAUAAAGUAGUUUCAUUUCUUGCAUCCUACCUUAUUGAUGGCAAGCCAGUUAGCGCAUAUUAACUUUAAUUUAAUAAAAUCCUUAGCCCGGGAAUAUUUUUGAAACUUUAUUACUCCCUUAAAUCAAGCAGUCCUGUCGCUUGUAACAUUUUGACUGAUAUAAAGGAAAUACAUAGAUAGUUAACUAUGAUUUUUGAAUCUAUUGCCCAACUCGAUCGCUACAAAUCCUGCCCUUGUUAAAGCCCUUGCUAAUAGUGAGAAACUGCCUGAUCUAAAAAAGAAAGUUAUAAUUAUUGCCUUUUAGUUAACAUACUAACUUUUAUUUUGGAAUAUCUUCAAUCCCAGAUUUGUUAGAAACUUAAUAACUGCCUUAAAAACAGUCUGAUCGCUAGUGACCUGGUUUUCUUACUUAGGCCACAGUGACAUUUACUUUUAUCACGUUUGGUCUUAAAAUGUUUUAGAAAGCUACAAUUACUGCCCUUGUAAUGAUGCCAAACAACAACAUCUUAGCAAAAAUCAUGUUAUUCAAAAGUAUUUUUCAAAUUAAUAAAAACCCAAUCACUGUCUGCAUCUAAUAUUCCACCAAAUACAGUCAUGAACAUUUUUGUCAUUAUCUUCUAAAAAGAAAAUUGAUUGCUCUCCUGCUGCCCAAACAAACUGCCCAAGCCCUGGUGGAAGUCAACAUGUUGCCAUUUUGUGAAUGUUGAGUCAAAAGCCCACAACAGUUGAAAGUCACCUAUUAAUGUCACUCAUACACUCAUUAGUGGGUUUUUAAAAACUGCCUGAAUAUGAAUAACAUGGCUUCUAGAAGAAUAAUCCUUUGAUGUGACUUGAAUGUAAGUGUCUGACAUUUCUCUCUUCUUGCAUCUGUCUUUUCUCUGUUCUGUAUGUGCUGAGGAGAUGCUAUUUCUGGUGCCGUUUUUUCUCCCUGUCCGUUGUCAGUCCUGUUUUCUGUCCUCUGGUGGCUGGUAUUCUGUCGAAAAGAAAAAAAGAAAUAUGUUUAUUUGCUGCAUUAUUUUGUACUGCAAAAAUCUCCUCACCUUUCUCCCAGCCCCUUCCUCUCUGUAUCCUCCUUAUGUGUUGACAAAAGUGUAUGCAUGCUUUUGGUGUGCGAUGUAGGCAAGGUACUGGAUAUAAACGUUUCGUGUCCUCUGUGUUUCAAAGCUCCACCUGUUAGCCUCACUGCAUGCUAUUUUAGACAAAUAUUUCAAUAUGUAACUUUCCUGCAAAAGUGGAAUCACUGCACACUGAGAAUAAAGUGAUUUCAUAUAA